GCAUUUUCAUCGUGCUUUUGAAUUUGAAUGCUGUGGUAUUUUGAUAUCCCUCAAAUGUAGAAAUUGCCUGUCCGUUUGACGACGAGGAAAGACAACAAAAAGUCUUCAGCGAUGGCUGCAACAGUUGAUUUCAGGACCCACGUUGACGCGUCAUGCAGGUAUUCAGAGGAGUUUACCAACAUAUAUUAUGACUGCAUGGACAAGAAAAGAAGGAACUUGAUGCGGCUCUACCUGGACAAAGCGACCCUGGUUUGGAACGGGAAUGCUGUGUCAGGGCAGGCUGCUCUUGGAGACUUCUUUGAGUCACUUCCCUCCAGCGAGUUCAGUAUCCAGACUCUGGACUGUCAGCCAGUGCAUGAGCAGGCAACCCAGGGCCAGACCACGCUGCUGGUGGUGACGGCAGGACAGGUGAAGUUUGACGGUCAGAAGCAGCGCUACUUCAAUCAGAACUUCCUCCUCACAGCCCAGGCCUCCCCCACCAGUGACCAGCCUGUCUGGAAGAUUGCCAGUGACUGUUUCCGCUUCCAGGACUGGAGUAGCUGAGGGCUGCUUUAAUCUGCUUUCAGGGUCAUAUUCAUUUGGGCUCACAAUGACAACCCUGCUUUAAGAGUAUACCAGUUAUGUACUUUUUUAUAGUUGGUAAAUCUGCUACAGCCCUUUUAAGUUACUGUGUAUGUAAAUGAAGGUACUUUUAUUACAAAAGACAAGGCAAAGUAGUCAUACAAAACAUUUCUAUUCACCAAUGUCCUUUAAAGCAUGUGACCCCCAGAACUGAAGUAACCAUUUUUCACACAGUAGUUGGAGAAAGAAAUGGACUCUUAAAUGUUAAUUAGACAUUGUUAUAACAUUGCUUUGAGUAUUCAGGUAAAAACAUAAAGCCCAUGCAGUCUAUCCUCCUAGCCAAGUAUUAAAUAGCUGCUAUUAAGUUUCCUGAGUGACGUUUGGUGCAACAAAAGCAAAAUAAUACAAAAUUGAAUAAACCGAAUGGUUAGUCAAUGCUUAUUUAGUCUUAGCCAUCCAUUGCUUUAGAAAAGCCAAGGUAUAUUUUAACAUACUUCUAAAUAAAUAACCAAAUUUAACAGAUGCAGGGGAAGGCAUAGUAAAUGUCGAUACUGCUAUCUUACCAUUAGAGGGCAGCAGAACUACAUAACAUGAGGAAUCAAGUAUUUACAGAACACACACACACACACUACAAAACGGGUAAAGAGUUUAGGCUGGAAUGGCAGGUAAGCGUUGACUGGAAUGUUUCCCUUUCCUCAAUGCUCCAUUUGUUUGUUGGUGAAAGUAGGACUUUUCUAUAAACAUACAUUUCUAUAAAUGCUGGAUCAGCUUCAAGUUUGAUUUCCAAAUAAAUAAAUUUACCAUC